AUGAACCACAGCAUCGACGACCGUUUGGCUCUCAAGGAAAAAUUGCACUGUAAACCAUUCAAAUGGUACUUAGAAAAUGUUUAUCCUGAUUUACAAGUUCCUGAUUCAUAUGAAUUUGGCCAAUUUCGCCAAGGUGAUUUCUGUUUGGAUACCAUGGGAAAUUUGGCGGAUGGCACAGUUGGUCUCUUCCAGUGCCACAAUACUGGCGGCAAUCAGGAGUGGGCCUACACCAAACGCCAACAAAUAAAACACGAUGAUCUCUGCUUAACACUGGUGCAAUUCUCACGCGGCUCACAGGUCAUCAUGAAACUAUGCGACGAUUCGGAAAAUCAAAAAUGGGUGUUGCGUGAAGGCGGUUUUAUACGGCAUCACAAAUUGAAUGUCUGCCUGGAUUCGAGGGAUCACACACAGGUCGGUAUCUCGGCCCAGCGAUGCAAUUCGGCAUUGGAGACCCAACGAUGGUUGUUUACCACAACAAAAGCGUGAGGACGACGACAACAGCAUCAACAC